AUGUCCCAAGAUUCUGAAAAGGUUAGUUUGAAACUCCUAAUCGACAAGGAGAAUCAUAAAGUUGUAUUUGCUGAAGCUGGCAAAGAGUUUGUGGAUUUCCUCUUCACUCUACUGUCUUUCCCUCUUUCUAGCGCGAUCAGAGUUUGUAAGAUUGGAAGUUUGAGCAAUAUCUAUGGGAGCAUUGACGCCCUCGGCGACAAGUACAUGCUCCCCAAUGUCAACAAGAAAACUAUCGUGGGAAUGGGAUCCAUGGAACAUGUUGCUGCACUUAACAAACUUCAAUUCAUGUUCAGCAACAAACCACAGGAUCAUAAACCGAUUGUCGCGUCGAGUGCAAAGAAGUUUUAUGUGUGUAACAAGUAUCACAUGAAGGAACACCGCCCAUGCGUCACAGAUGACCCUAGAUCUGUCUCUCCAAUAUGUCGUUCACCUAUGUCCACCGAUGUCGUCUAUGUUGCUCCUCGGGGAGAAGCUAGUUUGAUGACCUGGGGCGAGGGCUAUGUGAGAGGUGUUGCUUCAUACAUGAUAAUGGACGAUUUGAGAGUUCAACCUGUGUCUGUCUUUGACAAUUUGAAUCUGCUUGAGAAGUACAUUAAUGGCAGUAGUGGUUUUAAUAACCUUGAAGAGAAGGUGGUUCAUGUUAACAUGGAUCAGGUAGACAAAUGGUUGAAGGCAUCAACCGAGUCAAACUCGGUUCUCACCGAUAUCUUCCUUGGGAAGAAAGCAAUUGCUUGA